AUGCGUCAGACAAGACAACGGGGCGAGCGCUGGGCGCAUGUUGACGUGUGCCCUCGUUGGCUCAUGACUUCGGAGCGAACCUUUUUGGUAUCGUGGACUCCAAGUUCUCUGGUGCAUAUGCUCAUUUCAUCCUGCUGCAGAUGCAUAUGCAAUCUAUGCAACCAGUUGUGGACCUUGUUGGUUGGUUGUUGGUUCAGUCUUUGA